GACCACAGGGGCCCGGGCGCGAUUCCCGGAGUGGCCCCCCCCCCACUCCCUGCAGGUGAAGUUUCCACGCGUCCCGGGGGGCCCAGCGGCAGCUGUCUGAAGACCCCCACUCGUGGGAGGCAGGAGACAAAAGGCGAGGUUCCGGAUGGGGGCAGGAGAGGAGGGGAGAACGUUAAGCCAGUAAAAACCCCUUUUACAUGUGCGGCUGUGAAACUUUUAUAUAGAGAUUUCUCAACACAAGACAUGAAUAGUAACCGUGCUUUCUUUUCAGUAACUGCCAAAGCCUCAGCCCCCGUGACGCCCUCUGCAAGCUGGGCGAUCCCCGGGCGCCCCGCCCUGGGCAGGAGGCCCCCGGGGAAGGAGGUCGGUGUCCAGGCCGGCCUGGGACUCCGGCAGCUGCUUCAGAGGGUGCCAUCCGGGGUCUGCCCACCCGUCUCUCCCCGCUCACCCCUCCCUCUCAUCCCACGAAUCAGACGACUUCCUUAGCGGUUCUGGGAGGUCGGCUCACUGUUAAAAGCGAGCAAGCUGUAGUGUCUGCUUCCGUUCCUACACCCGCUGGCAUUUUGAGCCCUCGAUGUCACAGGCUGGCUCUGUGCCCCGGCAGCCCGUCACACAGCUUUUUGACCUUGAAUAACUUGAAGUGGCUCCCUGGGUGUGCUUUGUCUCCAUCUUCUCCACAUCCACCUCCUGGUUGAAUGCCUGCUCCUUUCUACUGGUUGUCACCUUGGACUGGAAGUCUGUCCUCUCCUACCACAGUGCAGUUGAGCAAAAGAGCUGGAGAUCCGCGAAAUCUGGCAUCGUGUCCACGGCUUCCCACACACACUGUGGACGAGGACCCCGACCCCAGAGCUGCAGCCCGGGGUUGCCGCUGGGAUGGACCCCCCGGCACCGCCCGUCCCCCGCGCUGUCACUUCUGUUCGUGUUUGUUCUUGCCUCGCGCUGUGACAGACUGGGGCUCAAGGCCGCCCGAUGGGGGACUUCCCAGAGACUGGGAGAGGCUCUCUGUCAUCAGCCCGUGGCAGGCGGGACCAGCUCAUUUCCUGCCCGGGUUCUGAUUCCGCUGCCCGGCUCACGGCGUCUCCUGCUCGUCAGAGGGGGACAAUGAGGCCGAGGGUCACCCCCUUCCCUCGGGAUCCGGUCCACGUCGUCCGAGUCCGUGAGGGCCUCGUUUUUGCGGCCCACACACACGUCCCGGUAGAAUGCCCGCGCGGCACGACCGCCCCGGCUGGCGUGGAGCACAAGAGGGGCACUGCCAGAUGCACGCCCGCCCGCGGUUACGGCGUAAACAGGGAACCACCGAGACGCAGGAAAGCAAGACCCGGGUUUGUCCUUCACUCUGCCGGAAGGCACAAGCCUCCGACCCGUCUCGGAAAAGGCUACGCACCAGCCGUCUCAGCGAGCAAGGCGGACGGCCGGCGCUCUGGGGCGCCGGGAGGAGAGCCACGCUGACACGCGGCCUCAGGCACACGGGGCUGAUUCCUCCCGGACAGAGGUCCCGAGGGGUAAUGAGGUCGUUGGCUUGGGGAUCUGGGGGGCCCCCAAAUGUCCCUUCCUUCCUUGUUCCACCGCCCCGGAGGGACUCUGGGGCGAGCUCCAUCAGGUUGGAGCCUUGUCGCUCCGUCUGUUCCUCCGUCCUCUGUCCGUGGCGGGCCUCACUAAUCGGUCUCUGCACUCAGUGCCUCUGAGCCCAGACUCUUCCCCGCCAUGCUUUGCGAGGUCGUGCGCCAAGCAGGCCCCUUCAUUGAACAGGUGGUGAGCGGUCGUGCGUGCCUCCUUGGCUUGGAGUGUAUUCUCUGCAGAGGUGUUCACGUCACGUUCUUUCACAAGAGCACCUGGGCCCCUGCCGUGGGGAAGGCACUGGGCUUGGCACCCCGGGAACCUGACCACAACCAGACAUCGUCCUGAUGGUGGAGGAGCGAGUGGUCGGGAGGGAGGGCGUCCGCCGUGCUCGGCAUAUAAUGGGGGAUGUGAGAACAGGAAGGUAAGACUCAUAAGCUCUGCCGAGAGGAAAAAGGACACCUCUGCAACGAGGCCGUGUCAACUGGGUUUUGAGGGAUGAAUAGGAGUUCAUCAGGUGGAGGCUGUAACAUCUUUAGAGGCUCCGGCCCAAGCGGGAUAGGGAGUUCGGGGUUCCACAGGUGCUGCAGGGUGGCUGGAGGGCAGGUGUGUCUACAGGGGUGAGUAAGAGAGAGGAGAUGUGAGAGGCAGGCAGAGUACUGAAAACCGAGGUUUUGUGGGUGAUGGCAAAUCACUUUAAGUUUCUAAACAGGAAGUGACACAGUCCUAUUUCUGUGUAGAAAUGUUAAAUUCAGUAGAGGCCUUGGGGCUCUUCCAGGGCCAUGCGUUCAUAUGGAAUCUCAGAGACGCAGAGAGAGGGUGUGACGCAGAAUCAGACUCCUCCCCUCCAGCUGCAGGGACGUCCCAGCAGAAUCAGACUCCUCCCCGGGCCUCCGCGGCCAGGCUCAGGGCCUCGGCUGUGCUCAGAUCCCACACCUGGUCACAGGCCCGCCCUGCAGACGCUUCGGCCUCCAGAGACGGUCGGGAAGGUGCCGCCCGCAGGGGACUCCCCGCCAGUGCAUUUGGUGGGUGGCCCGCUAAGGCCCCUCUGUCCCCACACGUGGUCCCUUAUAGUUCCGGCGCCUCUAGGUGUCAGGGUUCCUUCAGGGGCAGAGAAAACAACAGGCGCCCUACAGACAGACAAGUGGACGCACAGCCUCACAACUCUCCCUUCCCUCUGCCGCCCUCCCUCCCCACCCCUGCUCCCUGGGAGGCGGGCCUUCUCCGGGCUGGAGACUGAGGCAGCGAGCAGGUGUGAGGUCUCAUUUCACAGCUUUGCGACCCGAGAGGGAAGUCCCCAGAGAUCUCGGCAGGCCGGUCAUCGGGCCCCAGGGGCCGGGAAGUGGGUGCCAGACGGACCUGAGCGGACAAUUGUCAGAGGGCGGGCGGAGUGCGGGAGUCUCUUGUCGUGUGUGCUAAAGGUGAGCCCCUCGAGGGGCUGUGAGGGAACCACAGGGCUAUGGGCUUUUACAGCGAGUCCACAGGCUUCCCCAACACGGCCUCCUUACGCUUGCCUUCCCCUAGCGUGGGGGUGGGGGAGGGAGAGAACAGAAAGACCUUUCCUUUAUUUUAUUUUAUUUUAUUUUACUUUUUCUCCAAUUUGUAAAAUCACGCCCUCUGAGAGCACAGUGCCUCCGGGCUCGAGUACAAAAUUUGAAAACAUUCAAUUAAAAACCUGGGAGCAGCCUUCGGGGGGCUGGGGUUAGCGCGGCCCAGCAGAGGCCGUCCGGGGCGUGCCGAGACCAGAGCAGGAGGAGCCGGGGGGCCUGCCUGGCCGGGUUCCAGGCCCUGGGCCCCGUCUGCAGGUGCGGCGGGCAGGGCCGCGAGGCUCAGGCUGGCGAGACGGCCGCGCCGGGUCGGCGUUAAUUGGAGGCUGGGGACGGCCGGGCCUGCACAGUCACGUCUCACGAGCAGACAGGCAGGUUUGCCGUGAGUGGGGGUGACGGUUCCAGGCGUGUCCCCCGUCCAGCGGGGCCUCUGUGCAGCCUCCUGGCUUGGGUGUCUCAGUUCCUUAUCAGAGACGUCUCUCUCAAAACUGAGGGUCCCCCUUCAUUCUGGGCCGGUCCUUGUCAUGGGUCCUCCGUGUCCCCCCAGGUUCAUGUUGAGUUCUUAUCUUUAACCUGACCUUAUCUGGAAAUGAGAUUCAUUAAGAGGAGGUCACUGGGAGGGCCCACAUCCCCUACCACUGGGAUCCUCAUAAAAAGUGGAAAUUUGGGCACGAAGACACAUACAGGGAGAAGUUUUUAGGUGAGCGGUGCCCCCCCCCACCUCGCCCCACAGAAUUCAGGGAGCGCCAUGAGGGUCACCAGCCUCUGUGGCGGCUUUUCCAAGCACAUCGAGAGCCCUGGAACUCAAUACUUGAGGGCCGUGUGGUGGGUCACCGUUCGUGAGAGCAGAUGCUUAGCUGGGGACACGGGGGAGAGAAACGUGUCCUUUCAGCCUUGGCAGGUACACUUCGGUGGGUCCAGGUGUGCAGUCUGAGCCGCUAGAAUAAAUCUUCCUGUAGGAAGGUG